AUGGCUCCUGGGAGCAUUGCCUCCAGUGACACCUCCACCUCCUCAGCAUCCUUGACCUCCGCAGUGGGGUCAUCUGGGCUGUCUGAGUCUGAAAAGCCAGGCCUGAGCCAUAGUGGCAUCCGAGGGCCACGCCGUCACCCUCCCGUGCUGCGCAUGGUUCUGGAGGCGCUGCAGGCCGGAGAGCAGCGCCGGGGCACCUCGGUGGCGGCCAUCAAGGUUUACAUCCUGCAGAAGUACCCAACGGUGGAUGUCCUCCGGCUCAAGUACCUGCUGAAGCAGGCCCUGGCCACCGGCAUGCACCGCGGCCUCCUGGUCAGGCCCACCAACUCCAAGGCCAGGGGGGCCACUGGCAGCUUCAAAUUAGUUCCCAAGCACAAAAGGAAAGCCCAAUCUAGGAAGACAUCCACCAUGACAGCCCCCAGGAAACCCGGUGAGGCCAAGGAGAAGGGUCCCAAAAAACCAAGGGAGGCAAAGAAGGACCCUCCCAACCCAGGCGAGGUGAAAAGGGGACCCAAGAAGCCAAGAGAGGCGAGGACAGGUCCUACCAAACUGGAUGCAGCCAAGGAGAAGGCUCCCAAGAAGGGCAGCCAGACCAAAGACCAAGAAGCAAGACUGAGUGAGGCCAAGAAGGCCUCCCAACAGCCAGACAAGGCCACGCAGGACCUUCCCAGUGCCACUGGCCCAAGAGGAAAGUCAAAGGUCAAAGGCAGAAGGAGCAACCAAGAUGGUGAGGCCCACAGGAAAACAAAAGCUGGGAGUCAGAAUUCAAAAUCCACGGUCCCCAAGGACAAGAAUAGUGCUGCUUCUCCAGCCAAAAAGAAAGAAAACAAGGUCCUUAAAGAAGUUGUUGCCUGUGGGGCCAAGGUGGGGCCCAAAGCCAAGGCCGCUGCUCCUCCCAGGGUCAGUGGGUCUAAGACAGUGCCUGCACCCCUGGCCAGGAAGACAGGGGCCCCCAAGGGCCCGAGAAAGCCCGGCAUGCCCACCAAGGCCUCGUCGUCCAAACUGGCCAGUAAGAAAACAGAAGCUGAAAGCUAGAGCUGGGGUGGAGAGAGACUGAGAUUCUGCUCAAGUUUUUAUUUCCCAAAAAACCAUUACUCUAUUUAUUUCAUUGUAACCUAUUUAUCAAUAAAGGUGUUUUUCCCCUCACAAAUUGGUGUGAGGAGAGGCUGAA